UUUAAGGACCUGGUGCAUGCUUCGUCAGUCAGUUCACUCUUCGUUUUCAAGUUCAUUCUUCAAUUCAAAGUGUGAGAAGAUGGAAGGAAUCAACGACAACAUGAAGGCAGCUUUUGAGAAGGUCAACGGCUACAGAACAAUUGUCCAUUUCUUUAAUGUGGCGUGGCAGUUGAUGUCCUGGACAUCGAAUGGAAUUAAUGAUGAUUCCAUUUUGAGAAAGUCUCUACCAACCGAGUUAACUGCUGCGAUGAAACAGCUGAAUGAGGGUGCGGCCACCUCACCAGAGUCGCAACAACAGCAGCAACUUCCGUCGAUUGGUGUGAUGCAGCAGAUGUUUAAAAGUAUAUCAUCCUUAUCAGAGAUGCACCAUCAGCAGCAGCUUCCACAGGAGCAAAACUCGCAGCAACAAGCAGCAGUCGCAGCAGAAGUCGCAUCUGCAGCCAAAGCAGCAGUCGCAGCCAAGGCCGCAGCAGAAGCCAAAGCAGCAGAAGCCGCAUCCGCAGCCAAAGCCGCAACCACAGCCGCAGCCACAGCACCAGCUAGGAAACCACUCAGGGACUCUCGCUCUCCGCCGGCAGCCAAAAGUGAUCGCCCUUCUACGUCUGCGAAAACUGAACGUCCGUCCUCAUCAAGCGAUCGCAAUCGCUCAUCUUCGAGAAACGACCGCACUUCUGUAAGAAGCGAUCGCUCUUAUGUACCAAGCGAUCACCACACAAGUACGACAAGCACGAGGGCUGAUUGCCAAGUGUCGAAUACAUCUGUUAGCGCUGUUGAGCAUUUACAGCCUCCUCUACGAUCCGUAAUAGCAUCCAAGGGGAUUAAGCUAUCGCAAUCUUCAAGGGCGAGAACAAGCUCGCGGUCAGGCUCAAGCUCGAGUUCAGGCUCAAGUUCGAGUUCAGGCUCAAGCUCGAGUUCAGGCUCAAGCUCGAGUUCUGGCUCGAGCACCAGCUCGGGAUCCAGGUCGGGAUCCGGCUCUGACAAAAGCGGAAGUUCAAGAAAGAGGAAAUCUAAUGAUGAAGCAAUCAAUGGUAUAGGUGGUAAAAGGAUGACAAUCACAUCAUCUCAAGAGAGCGAAAAAUCAGCAGAAAAGAAGGAACGGAGAAAACUUACGUUGUCUUUAAAAAAGACUGAUCUACCACCACCAUCUCCGCGACAGCAGCCAUCACCACAGCCUCUCUAUCAUGCAGAUCAGCCGAUGCCACUUCAGCAUCAAGCAGAUCAACCGAUGCAACUUCAGCAUCAACAAGAACAGCAAAUGCCACUACAGCAACGAGCACAACCGCGUAUAUUGCAUGACGAAAUGCUCAACGAUCCGCUUAUCGUGUUCGAUAAGAAAGCAAAUAUGCGAAAAAUCUGAAUGAUAUUUUUCAAUCAAUUUUUGUAAUAAAUUUUUGAUAAGAUAAUUGUAAAAAAAUAAAAAUAAAUAAACAUAAUUUUCC